CCUCUCAAAAAAACACAUUUUAAUAUGUGUAUUGUGUUAGUAUAAUGUCAUAACAACAAAGCAACAAAAAAAACAUAGUCAUUGCAAAUUAAAUCAUCACACAUGAUAUAGCGUGACAAAUUUCCACUAUCAAUUCUUUUUCUUGCAAUUUAAGCUUUUAUCACUUUCUUACUUUUAUUUUUCCUUCUUUAUCCUUGCAAUUUAUAUAAAUAUCCUUCUUUCCAAGUGAGAACCUAAGAAGAAAAUGAUGAACUCUUCUUGCAUAUCAAAUUGCAUCAACGAUGCACGCGACCCGCGUGUUCCGGUGAGAGCAAGCUAUGUGAACCUCUACAAGUGGCCAGAAUCAGACGCGGCGUUUGUGAGAUCCGUGAGUUCCGGUAGAGAAAAGGGUGAUCAACAACAACAUCCAAGGGUGGUGGAUAGCAUCUCUUGUAGACAAUUGUAUCUUAGAAGUUACACAUUUUGUAGAGAUGAUGAAAAGAAAGUGUUGGAAAAGACUAAGAAAUGUUUUGGGAUGGUAAAGUUGAAGAAGGUGAAAGUGAAGGAACGUGUGGUUAAUGGGAAGAAAGUUAAAGGGAUAUCUUGCUCUGCUUUGUUUAGUAUCUUCAGAAGAUUCUUGUCUUGCUGUGCUAGUGUUGAUGUUGUUGAUCAUGAAAAUUAUCACUUUUAAUUAAGGUUUGUUUUGAUGUUGUUUUCUUUUUUCUAUUUAUAAUCAAGAGAUUUAAAUGAUUUAUGGGUGUUGUAUAAGAAAUAAAUUUAGCUUUAAUUUGUGUAAGAUAUAAGAAUGUGGGAAAUUUAAAUGUAGAGUUCGAGAUGUGAAUGUUGGAUGGUUAAACAUUCCACUCGCACUAAACUUUUUUCGUGGUUGAUGGUACUCUCCGAACUUGUAUGUACGGUGUAAGUGUCCAUUUUUGUGUUUCAAAGCUGUGAAAGAGAUGACAUGAGUUUAUAAGUAGAGACAA